GGUGAAAACUAACCGAAUGAUAAUCGAUUUUUUUUUUCCCCCCCUAUUCCAACGCCGAUACGUCAAACAGUCUUCUGCAUUCACGUCAAUUCACGUCCACUAAUGCUCUUGUCUGUACCAGAUCAGUGUGUCUCUGGCUGUCUCUGGCUGGCGUGUGGGCUCUGUGGGCGAGGGGGACUGCUUUGUUGUGGUUCUAGGGGGCAGUCGCUCGCUGUUUACAACCUGUCUAUUCGGAGAAUCUGGAGGUUUACUCUGGGAAAUUGCUGGGGUGGUGAUUUUUGGAGGGCUAGGCAUGUUUCGAGGGGAUUGAUGAGAUGCAUCAAUAUUCAUCAAAAUGUCGUACGAUAAAAUAAUAAGACGAAUUCCUGGCGAAGUCGCAGCAUCCAAGAAGGAGGGCCAAGGAUUUAUUGACAAUUUGGAGAGUAAAACCAACAUCGAAAUCAGAGAUCUAUUGGAGAGGCAGAAUAAACUUCUAGAAAACAAAUCUUUUACAUCUAAACUACCAGACAGAGGCGAAAAAAUCUCGAAAUUCCGAGCGAAAUUACUGCAACAACUCUCGCGCAGGAAUGAACUGGAAGAAGCUGCUAAUUUAUUAUCCCGAUUGAACAUCGCGUCUGAGGGGAGAGAUGCGAUGAAUGAGUUGGAGUGGACUGGAAAAUAUACUGAGAAAAACUCUAAUGGGAAGAUUGUGGAGUUGGACAGCGAUGAUGAAGAAGAUCCUUUAAAAAUUCUCGCUCAACCCACAGGGACAGGAGUCCACAAAAAGAAAAUAGUAAUCCUCCUCCCUGAAGAGACCUUGAUUAACGACCAGGAUCUUAAAGAAAUAGAGUCCUUUAAGAAUGAUCUAUCAUCCUCCCAGCACGUGAAAUACAUAGUGGAUAAAGUCGAGAAAGAAGGGAACGCCACGAGAGAAUCGUUCAAGCCGUACAAAACAACGAGAAGUAACGUGCACGAUCCAAUGAAGGAGAAAGUACGUAAGAAGGAUAAACACUGGGAGGUGACAGCAGCUACUCCACCUCUGAUUGUCCACGGGGCUGUGAAACAUCUCAGUUUGAACGAAUCUCUGAAGCUGCAGAAGGUUCAGGCGGAGAAAUUGAGGGAAGUACAAACAAAACACGCAAUUGAGCGUCUGACCCAGCAGCUGGGGAUGUACCCAAUUGGUGAGGUGUCAAACGCAGGUGUUUAUCGACCACAAAAUGAAGAAAGUGACUCCUCAGACACUGAGACUGAUGAGGAGCACGAGGUCCAUGACGAAGAGGACACCGACAAGGCUGGAACCGUUGUCUUCACUGUUGAUUCCAUGCACGAGUAAUUGAGUUUCAUAAUGAAUGCCCAUGAAUUCAUGUAAAUAAAUAUCUUCAUCUGUAAAUAAAUUCAGUUCUUCACGA